AUGUUAGAAUUACCAUGGGUUGAAAAAUAUAGACCAAAAUUAUUAGAUGAUAUAGUAGGUAACGAAGAAACUAUAGAAAGAUUAAAAUCAAUUGUAUCAGAAGGUAAUAUGCCAAAUAUGAUUAUAAGUGGCUUACCUGGUAUAGGCAAAACAACAUCAAUUCAUUGUUUAGCUUUUGAAUUAUUAGGUGAUUUAUAUCAUCAAGCAACAUUAGAAUUAAAUGCUUCAGAUGAUAGAGGUAUAGAUGUUGUCAGAAAUAAAAUUAAACAAUUUGCACAAACUAAAAUUUCAUUACCACCUGGUAAAACAAAAAUUGUUAUAUUAGAUGAAGCUGAUUCAAUGACACCUGGUGCACAACAAGCAUUAAGAAGAACAAUGGAAAUUUAUUCAAAUACAACUAGAUUUUGUUUUGCAUGUAAUCAAUCUAGUAAAAUAAUAGAACCUUUACAAUCAAGAUGUGCAAUUUUAAAAUAUAAUAAAUUGAAUGAUGAAGAAAUUUUAUCGAGAUUAUUAGAAAUUAUUGAAAAAGAAAAUGUUAAAUAUAAUACAGAAGGUUUACAAGCUUUAAUUUUUACAAGCGAAGGUGAUAUGAGACAAGCUAUAAAUAAUUUACAAAGUACAGUUGCAGGUUUUGAAUUUGUUAAUGAUAUAAAUGUUUUUAAAAUUGUUGAUCAACCACAUCCAUUAAUUAUAAAAAGAAUUUUAAAUUUUUGUUUAAAAAAAGAAAUUGAUAAAGCAAUUGAAUUAUUAGAUGGUUUAUGGUACAAAGGUUAUUCAGCAAUUGAUAUAGUAACAUCAAGUUUUAAAGUGGCUAAAACAAUUGAAGUUGAAGAACAAAAAAGACUAGAAAUGUUAAAAGAAAUAGGGUUUGUACAUAUGAGAGUUUUAGAAGGGGUUGCAACUUAUCUUCAAUUAUGUGGAUUAUAUUCAAAAAUUUGUGAAAUUUAA